AUGGAGCAAGCGGCACGCGUGGUGCAGCUGCAGACCACUGCAGGAACUCUUAGCAUCGAGCUUUAUAACAACUUCUGCGCCGACUCGUUCUGGCAGCUGGCGAAGAGUGGUCAACUUCGUCGGCUAACAUUCCGCCAGCUGCUGGGCGGUUUCGCGCUCCUUGGCGAAGUAGAAGCAGUGCAGGGCCACUCGACAACGGCAAGCGAAGUAGAUACCGCCGCGCAAAGUCCAGAUGGUGUCCCACUACUGCACGUUGGUGCAGGAUUACUAAGCUGCAGGCCGACCGUCGGCGCAGUGACCGCGAGUCGCCUUCUCAUUACUCUGUCUCCACAGCCGCAGCUCGACAAGACGCACGUCGUCUUCGGCCGUGUUUACUCGGGCAUUUGUACUUUGGCGCAGAUAUCGCACAUGCAGGUGGAUGCGGACUUCGUCCUGUACUCUCCUGUGACGGUGAUGAAGUGCAGCACGGCGGUGCUUUCGAGAGGCACCGCACCACAACGCGCUACGGCCAAAUCGACCCCGGCAUCGUGUGUUGUCAAGUCGCAAUGUCCUUCGAGCAUUUUGACAACGCUGGAGUAG